CGUCCAUCCACCCCACCGCAGCACAAACCCUAGCUCACAUCCCCUUCCCCCAUCGCACCCUUCUCCCCCCAUCUGCUCGCCGCCGCCGCCACCUCCCGAUCCAAUCUCACCCCGCCGCCACCUCCCGAUCCAAUCACUGCCCAAUCCAACCAGACCCGAUCCCCACGCGCAUUCCCUCCGCUCCCCGCCCCGGAUCCGACCGACCGACCGACCGCGCCGCGCGACCGCCGGGAGAGCAUGGGGAGCGGGGGCAGGACGGAUCUGGACGGCGGCGCCGUGGCGCCGCUGACCAUCUGCGUGAUCGGCACCGGCGGCUUCAUCGGCUCGCACCUCUGCGAGAAGCUCAUGGCCGAGACCCAGCAGACGGUCCUCGCCGUCGACGUCUACUGCGACAAGAUCCGCCACCUCGUCGACCCGCCCCCGCCCCACCUCGCCGGCCGCAUCUCCUUCCACCGCCUCAACAUCAAGAACGACUCCCGCCUCGAGGGCCUCAUCAAGAUGGCCGAUCUGACGAUAAACCUGGCGGCGAUCUGCAUGCCGGCGGACUACAACACGCGCCCGCUCGACACCAUCUACAGCAACUUCAUCGACGCGCUCCCUGUGGUCAAGUACUGGAUCCGGAAGUCGUUUGCCCUGUACGUCCAAGUCGGGGCAUGCGAUAAAAGAGGUCUUGUCUUGGGCAAUUAUAUCCAGUCUUAUUUUGUGCUAAUCUGAUCUGUUGACCUGACGCGAGAUGCCCCACAUACUGUUAGAGAAAUGGUGGUUUUUUACUCGGAUGAUGUGGCAAUGGAAACAGUUAAUGUCAACAGAUCCCGAUCUGUUUGUGCGCCUUCCCUUUGUUUAUUUAGAUUCAAGUAGAUUUCUGUUGUACAUCACAUGCACCAGUUGAAAGCCGUGUCUUUGCUCAUGAUUAGGUAGAUCUUUUGAUGUUGUAGUGUGGGUUUUAGUCCUCAUGAAGUUGUUUCUGUUAAUGAUGCACGUUGACUCAGCUUAUCCACCUGGAUCAAACUUAAUUGUAGUUUAGCGUGCCUCCCAUGUUUUUAUAUCCCGUUUGAGUAUUUUCAAGUGGCUCAACCGCUUCCGUCAGCUUGCAAUAUUACUCUGUUUAUUAAUUAUGUUGCUAGUAGGGAUUAUCAGUAAAUUUCUAAAAUGAGUUUGUGACAGCUAUUCUUACAGAUUAGGGCUAACCAAGUUGUAGAGAUAGCUAUGGUUCUUUAUCAUGUUUCUUAUAGUUACAAGUUAAUGUAAAUGUUCAUUAAUUACCCCUCUUUCAUCCCACUCUGCCCCAAACAAUUGUGUGCACCCUUGUUAUUAUAUAUCUAUAUGAGAUAGUACGUUUUACCUGAUUUACUUGUUAUUUCCUGGCUGUAUGUUAGUUUAUACACCGAUUCAUAAUUACAUCAAGUUUGCUAACUUAUACUUUGGUUUGAUUGUUGUUGCAGGUCAGACUUGGAGAACAGCAAGC